AUGUGGUUACUGGGGGCAAGGGGUGGAGGUUUCGUUCCAGGAAUCGUUUUCAAUCCAUCAGCCAAGGAAGUAGCGUACGCUCGAACUGACAUUGGGGGCGCUUACCGUCUCAACUCGGACGACACAUGGACGCCUCUCCUGGACUCUGUGGGGAACAGUAACUGGCAUGACUGGGGUAUCGAUGCACUCGCUACCGAUCCCAUUGACACCAGUCGCUUGUACCUGGCGGUCGGGAUGUACACGAACGAAUGGGAUCCCAACAUCGGCUCAAUUCUGCGCUCGACCGAUAAGGGAAAUACUUGGUCAGAGACAAAACUACCGUUUAAAGUGGGAGGAAACAUGCCGGGUCGCGGUAUGGGCGAGCGUCUUGCUGUAGACCCGAACGAAAACAGCGUCCUCUACUUUGGCGCGAGGAGUGGCCAUGGCCUCUGGAAGAGUACUGACUACGGAGCGACCUGGUCCAAUGUCACUUCUUUUACUUGGACUGGAACAUAUUUCCAGAAUGCCAGUUCUACAUAUACGUCCGACCCCGUUGGCAUUGCUUGGGUAACAUUCGAUUCCACGUCUGGUUCAAAAGGCUCUCCCACUCCACGCAUCUUUGUUGGGGUUGGGGACACUGGCAAAUCAGUGUUUGUGUCUGAAGACGCCGGAUCGACGUGGUCCUGGGUUACAGGAGAGCCACAGUACGGCUUUCUACCACAUAAAGGAGUUCUGUCUCCAGCUGAGAAGACUCUUUACAUCUCUUAUUCCAACGGAGCCGGGCCGUAUGAUGGCACCAAUGGAACGGUACAUAAGUAUAACAUCACCAGUAAAGUGUGGACUGACAUCAGCCCUACUUCCAUGGCAAGCACAUACUAUGGCUAUGGUGGUUUAUCCGUUGACCUGCAAGACCCUGGGACAUUGAUGGUAGCUGCAUUGAAUUGUUGGUGGCCCGACGAGCUGAUCUUCAGGAGUGUGGAUUCCGGAGCGACAUGGUCCCCCAUCUGGGCCUGGAACGGAUAUCCUAACCUGAACUACUAUUAUAGCUACGAUAUCUCCAAUGCCCCCUGGCUGCAAGACAACACCUCAACAGCUCAAUUUCCCGUUCGUGUCGGCUGGAUGGUGGAGGCUCUCGCCAUUGACCCAUUCGAUUCUAACCACUGGUUGUACGGUACCGGCGCGACAAUCUAUGGCGGCCAUGACCUUCAGAAGUGGGACUCCGUGCAUAAUGUCACUUUGAAAUCUCUCGCCGUCGGAAUUGAAGAGAUGGCUGUUCUUGGACUAAUUGCUCCUCCAGGCGGACCACCACUGCUGUCUGCUGUUGGCGACGUUGGAGGAUUCUACCAUUCAGAUCUCGGCGUAGCACCUGCUCAAUCCUUCCAUAACCCAACAUAUGGCACUACCAACGGCAUUGAUUACGCUGGUAACAAACCAUCCAAUAUUGUUCGCUCGGGAGCCAGCAGCACGAAUCCUACCGUUGCUACGUCUACGGACUUUGGCAAGACCUGGUCGGCAGACUACGCAGCCUCUUCCACCACACCUAGCGGGCAGGUUGCUCUCUCCGCGGAUGCCGAUACUGUCCUACUCAUGAACUCCAAUGGAGCCAUGGUGUCGAAGUAUAGCAGCACAUUCAGCGCCGUCUCGUCUCUACCCUCCGGUGCGGCCCUUGCGUCUGACAAGUCCAACAAUACCGUCUUCUACGGCGGAUCGGCCGGCUCCUUUUACGUUUCCACCAACAGCGCCAGCUCUUUCACCAAGACUACUGCCCUUGGCUCCAGCACUGCUGUCAACGCCAUCCGCGCUCAUCCCUCUAUUGCUGGUGAUGUCUGGGCAACUACGGAUACGGGACUCUGGCACUCGACAGACUACGGUAAGACCUUCACCCAUAUUGGGAGUGGAUGCACAGCAGGCUGGAGCUUCGGACUCGGCAAGGCUUCGUCGACCGGCUCUUACGCCGUCAUCUAUGGCUUCUUCACAGUUGACGGAACAACUGCACUCUUCAAGACCGAGGACAUGGGCACGAAUUGGCAGAUGAUUUCCGAUUCUACUCAUGGCUUCGGCGCUGUGUCUGCUAAUGUGGUAAAUGGAGACAUGUCAAACUAUGGACGUGUAUUUGUGGGUACUAAUGGAAGGGGUAUUUUCUAUGGCGAGCCGAGUGGAAGUGUCCCGUCUCCGACAGCUACGGCGACUACGACCCAGAAGACCUCGACGAGCACAAGCACGUCUGGUACCACGACUUCGACAACGCUGAGCACGACCACUAAGGCGUCGACGACAACGUCUACGACCACGAGUACUUCCAAGACCACGACAUCAGCAACCUCUACGGGGACUAGUACACCGUACGGACAGUGUGGUGGGACUGGGUAUACGGGGCCAACUGUCUGCCCGAGUGGAUGGACGUGCACUUAUCAGAAUGCAUAUUACUCCCAAUGCCUGCAAUAA